AAGCAGGUCCACCUAUAUUUCAUUAUUAUUUCUGUUUAUUGUGUUAUGUCAUCCGAUAUUUUUUAUAUAAAUAUUUAAUAAAGGAAAAAAACAAACAAAAUUGUAAACUAGAGCUAUUUCCUAGCUCUUGCCGUUUAUUUGCUGGCAAUGAACGCUAUUGAAGGCUUUUUCACUUCUGAACGAUUCAAUUCAAUGGUUUUCACAAUUUUCCAACGAGAUAAGAAAGAAAAAUGAAUGUACAGGUGGGUCCUCAGCCACAAUUUUUCAAUUUUUUAAAGCGCAGACCUGAAAAAUUAAGAGAAGGACGCAUAUCUGCUAAAUUCAUUAAAUAUGCUCAACAUUUGAGUAUUUAACACGCUUCCCUGAUAAUUAUACAGAGCAAUUAUUGGUUUGUUUUUUUGGGAGGGUCGUUGAGAAAAAACCCUCUAGUCAUGACUUUUUUCGUGUUGUAGUUGGUCGGAUUUUGAAUCCAAUUUUUUGUUUAGCUGGAGUUCUGGAUUUUGAAGGACAAGAAGGUUUAGGAGUGGAAAUUUGGCUUUCAGUUCUGAACUUUUAAGGUCGAAGAGAGCUUUUCUUUCAAUUCGCUUGUAUUUUUGUCCUUUUUUCUUUCCUGGGCGAGAAUGGAUGCAAUUCAGGAAGAAGAAUGGAAGAAAGCACAAGAAAUUAGCAUUAGCGUGGAAAUUGACCUGGUUUCCGCAGCGAAACGACAGCUACAGUUUCUUGCUUCUGUUGAUCGCAAUCGAUGCCUUUACGAAGGUCCAGCUCUCGAAAGAGCCAUUUUCAGAUACCAGCAUUGCUGGCUUCCUUUGCUUGCAAAUCACACCUAUUCCAACACUGCAAAAUUUCCCCUGGUUGCUCCACUAGACUGCGAAUGGAUCUGGCAUUGUCAUAGACUCAAUCCAGUACAAUAUGAAAAGGACUGCAUGAAGAUAUAUGGGAAAAUAGUUGAUGCUUCUUUUGCAGAAACAUCUGUUAAAGAAUUCGCCAGGAAGCAGACAGAAGAGAUUUGGAAAAAUUGUCAUCCAGAAGAGCCAUAUGAGCUUGAUUUGAGUCAAUGUGAUUUCGAUAACAGUCAUAGAGUAGCUUUUCAGAGUUUCCAAAAGAUUGAGUAUGACCUUAUGGAAGCAGUCAGAAGACAAAGUUCAUUCUUCCAUCAGGUCUCUCGAGAACAUAUGUCCAAUGAUCGCUUCCUCAAAGGAGCUGAAGAAAGAUAUAAGGGAUUUCUGUACUUGAUCAAGAAAAACGGGGAGAAUUCUGUUAAUUGUUUCUGUGUUCCAACCUACGAUAUUGAUUUGAUGUGGCAUUCUCACCAGCUGCAGCCAGUUGCUUACAGGAGAGAUAUGUUAAAAAUGCUUGGCAAGGUGUUGGAACAUGAUGAUAUGGAUUCUGACAGAAGCCAAGGAAAGAAGCUGGACGUUGGUUUUAGAGAAACUACUAGGCAAUGGGAAACCACGUAUGGAAGAAGAUAUUGGAGAGCUGGAGCCAUGUAUAAAGGAGAUGCACCCUCUCCUUUGCCUUUUGGUCCUCCUCCGUUGGAGAACACUGUUUGCAUAGGGGAGCCUCUAUUCCAGAAUGACAGGAAACAGCAGGACAAUUAUCUGACUAGAGCAGAGAUCGUAGAGGUACUUUUGGAGGUUGUGAGUGUGAGAAACAUACCCAAGGACCAAGAUGGUGUUCUAUUUGUUAGAUAUUAUAAGCAGAGAAACUGCAAUGAGAAGAGGCUCGUUGUAGAUGCAAAGGAGAUACAAAUAUCAUCAUUGUCGAAAUGGAAACAACUGGGCACCUUCCGGUGUGAAGCUAAUGGAGAUCUGAUUUUUGAGCUUAUAUCUCAAUCUUCUUCCACUUUAGAAAAGAAUAAAUGCUUCAAAGUUCUAGGUCAUGUGUCGAUUUCGCUGCAUACUUUGUUGGAUUCACCAACCUUUUCACUAGAGAAUUGGUUCCCUUUAUCAACAGAUAUGCAGCCAAAUGAUUCCAAACCUCUUAGUUUGCAUAUUGCACUUUCUGUCACUCCUCCCAUCAUUGCUCCUUAUCUGCUCCAAGCUGAUAGGUUGGACCCCAUUACUAGGAAAAAACAAAUUCUACAACUUAUCAGGAGAACCAAGCAAGCCAAAAAGAUGACCAGAUUUUUGGAUCAUGGCAAAAAUGAAAUUUUCACUGUUCAGACGAGAACAACAAAAGAACCAUAUGUAAGUUCGCCAGAAGGAAGUUUAAAAGUUUUAUCUGACAGAAGGCAAAUUAUCACUGUCCACCAAAGAACUCCCAAUUCUGAUAAGUUGAGAACAUCUGAUGAACCUGUGGCAAAGGCCGAGGAGCUGAUUUCGGGAGGAGAGACAGCACAUUGGUCAUUAAUGAAUAAUUCAUGCAACUUGAUACUUCGAAACGUGAAUGAUAUCUCAAGAGAACCCAUAUUUGAGCUCAGUGGAAACUUGGGGCAUCCUUUAAGUUUGCUCUCUGGUAGAAAGCUGCAAUACGAAGUUAAGGGUUCUAAACCAGAAAUUGAGAGAGAAUUUGUGACAUUGGUGCGAUAUAAUCCAGAGGCUCCAUUUGGCCAAGCAACAUCUCUUUUCAACUGGAAGUCUCUUGUUGUAGAGGUUGCUGAGAAAGAGAGUGUUCUAUUGGUGGUGUUGUUAUCAGCAGUCAUUUCUGCAUCAUUAACAAAACAUCAGGAGCCAAAAUCCCCGUCUAAGGGUGCUAAGGUUAACAGGAAGGUCUGCCCCACUGGUACAGCUGCUCGCCGGGUAAUCUUUCUUAAUGGAUCCAAUAAGCUUAUGCAAGGAACAAACAGGAAAUAUGGACAUGGAAAUAGAUUGCAGAUUCGUUAUGGCAGGCAUUCAGUUGCAGAUGCAGGAUUGGGUGGUGCUGCAGCAGCUAUGGCAACAAGGGCAGGAGGAUGUGGAAGUGGUUGUGGAGGUGGGUGUGGUGGAUGUGGAUCUGCUAUAGGUGCAGGAGGAUGUGGAGGUGGUUGUGGAGGUGGGUGCGGUGGAUGUGGAUCUGCUAUAGGUGCAGGAGGAUGUGGAGGAUGUGGAGGGGGGUGUGGAGGCAGUGGUGGAUGUGGUGGGUGCGGUAGCUCAUUUUAGCUCGCAAUUUAUUACAGUAUAUGCCAUUGGUUCUUAUCAUGAUUCAACAUGUCAUUUGAGGGUACACAUCUUUAGUGGUGUAGUAUAAGAUAGUUCGUGAACUAGCAUUAACUCUGGACUCGGUAGAGUUUUAAGUUUGCAUAAUGAUCUGUUGUCAUUGCGAGAUGCCCUAGUCUUAACUCAUUUGUGGACCAACUAGUACGUACAGACACUCCAAGAUGAGAAAUUGUGCCAUUUGUGUUUUUAUUUUGAUAAUAACAACAAAUCAUGUUGACUGU